UCCCGAAGCAACGCGCCCGCAGUCCCCGGACUCCCUGGACGGCGCGCGCUGAUUGGCGGCCCGGGCCAGCGCGCGGGCUACGGCGUCCGGCAGGGGGCGGUGGCGGCGGUUGGCAGAGGGUCUGGAGGCGGGGCCGCGGGCCUCGGGUGCUGCGAGCCCGGCGGGCCACGACUCUGCCGGGACAGGGUGAGGGCUGAGGCCAUGGGCGACCGCGGCGGCGCGGGCGGCUCCCGGCGCCGGAGGACGGCUUCACGGCCCUCGAGCCAGGGCGGCGGCGGGCCCGCGGAAGAGGAGGUGCGGGACGUGGGCCCCGGGGGGGACGCGCCGGCGCCGGCCCCGGCCCCCAAGGACGAGAACAGAGACUCCGACGUGGGCAGCGGCCCCUGGGAUCUGAGGUGCCACCGCCUACAAGAUUCUUUGUUCAGCUCUGACAGUGGCUUUAGCAACUAUCGUGGGAUCCUGAAUUGGUGUGUGGUGAUGCUGAUCUUGAGCAAUGCACGGUUAUUUUUAGAAAACCUCAUCAAGUACGGCAUCCUGGUGGACCCCAUCCAGGUGGUGUCUCUGUUCCUGAAGGACCCCUACAGCUGGCCUGCCCUGUGUCUAGUUAUUGUGGCCAAUGUCUUUGCCGUGGCUGCGUUCCAGGUGGAGAAGCGCCUUGCGGCGGGUGCCCUGACGGAGCAGGCAGGGCUGCUGCUGCACGUGGUCAACCUGGCCACCAUUCUCUGCUUCCCGGCGGCCGUGGCCUUGCUGCUUGAGUCCAUCACUCCAGUGGGCUCCGUGCUGGCUCUGACGGUGCACACCAUCCUCUUCCUCAAGCUCGUCUCCUACCGGGAUGUCAACCUGUGGUGCCGAGAGCGAAGGGCCAAGACCAAGGCCAAGGCCGCUUCUGCAGGAAAGAAGGCCAACGGGGGAGCUGCCCAGCACGCUGUGAGCUACCCCGACAACCUGACCUACCGUGAUCUGUACUACUUUCUCUUGGCCCCAACUCUGUGCUAUGAGCUCAACUUUCCCCGCUCUCCCCGAAUCCGAAAGCGCUUCCUGCUGCGGCGGCUCCUUGAGAUGCUGUUUUUGACUCAGCUCCAGGUGGGCCUAAUCCAGCAGUGGAUGGUUCCCACCAUCCAGAACUCCAUGAAGCCUUUCAAGGAUAUGGAUUACUCACGCAUCAUCGAGCGCCUCCUGAAGCUGGCGGUCCCCAAUCACCUCAUCUGGCUCAUCUUCUUCUACUGGUUCUUCCACUCCUGCAUGAACGCCGUGGCAGAGCUCAUGCAGUUUGGAGACCGGGAGUUCUACCGGGACUGGUGGAACUCUGAGUCUGUCACCUACUUCUGGCAGAACUGGAAUAUCCCUGUGCACAAGUGGUGCCUCAGACACUUCUACAAGCCCAUGCUUCGACGGGGCAGCAGCAAGUGGGUGGCCAGUACGGGGGUGUUCUUCGCCUCGGCUUUCUUCCACGAGUACCUGGUGAGCAUCCCUCUGCACAUGUUCCGCCUCUGGGCCUUCACAGGCAUGAUGGCUCAGAUCCCGCUGGCCUGGAUAGUGAGCCGCUUCUUCCAGGGGAACUACGGCAACGCAGCCGUGUGGCUGACACUCAUCAUCGGGCAGCCAGUGGCCGUGCUCAUGUAUGUCCACGACUACUACGUGCUCAACUAUGAGGCCCCCGUGGCAGGGGCCUGAGCUGCUCCAAGGCUGGGCCUCUCUGCCACCUCCUGUCACCUCACUGCCCACGAGCCCGCCCCGCCUGUGCGCCAGGGAGGGGGCUUGGCUGUCUGUUGUCUCCUCCCAGCCCCGGAAGGCCUCUCCGCCCCCAUGGGGCUCCUUCCUGCCCUGCUCAGGGACGGCAGACCAGGCGCAGGCCAGUGUCCCGGGAACCUGUGCCGAUCCUGCCCAAGGGUCUGAGGGGAUCAAUAAAGUGCUGUCCGGAGUGGCUGCCCUCA